UGUGCGUGCGUGUGUGUAUGUGUGUGUGUAAUACAGCGGCUCGCGAUGUCCACGCUCUCCACCACUGUUCUGGUGAUCCGAUAGUUGUGAAAAGCCACCACUAGUCGCCCCCAGUGCUCUUGCAGUCUCCAAUUUUCUUUCCCACUGUAGACUUAACGUCACGUCCGCACUUGAACUUGAAUUUUAUCCCAUUGUACGGAGGCAGCCCUCGCCACAGAGACACAGAGAGCUCCCGGAGAAGCAGGACUCCGCCAUCUUCAUACAGGCAGAAAAAGGAAGAAGAAAAAAAAGCUUCAUUCAUUUGGAAAGGAGGUGGCAAGUCCAUGUCCCUGGUCUCCAGUGCGCAAAGCCGAAUAGGGGAGCAAGUGCAAAGAGUUGGAGAGAGUGCAAAGUAACCGGGCAUCGCAUGCACUUAGAGCCCAGGAGAGAAGAAGAAGAACUGUCCAGUGCUUGGCACGCUCAAGUGCCAACUCAAGGAGAAAUUGGAUUCAUUUCAUCCAAUCUAAUAAGUAAUGACCGUUUUUUAGAAUUAUUUGGACUCGAAAAAAAUUUGACUGAUCUACAAGGCACAGGACGAAGAGAGAAAGAGAGAGAGAGAGAGAGAGAGACACUUUAGAGGGUCCAACCUUUCCAAACGCACCGGGCAUUACACGCCAAGACAUUUCCAGUGGUUUCUUCACAACUGUCAGUCGUCAAGGAUAUUUUCGCCCUCGGACAGAUCGCGCUCGGCACACCGCUGAAGUGCAUGUGUGUGUGCCGCUGAGGUACUGAGCGUCAGCGCGUCUCUGGUCAUCUGGAGAGCCGGAGCGCAAAGACACUUUCACUUCUCUCACAUUCACGGGACCCCUAUCUCUAUCCACGGCUCGGAGCUGUGGCAGUUCUUUGGAAGUCCCGGGAAAAGUUUGCUGCCGAGGGGGGAAAAAACCCACGCCACGGACACGGAGGACCGAAGAGGCUAGCCGACUAUUCCUUGUGCGGGUCUCUGGGCGAUGCCAGUGUAAAUGCCAGGGCAAUGUCCCGUCGCAAGCAGGGAAACCCUCAGCAUUUGUCGCAAAGAGAAAUUAUAACACCAGAAGCUGAGCAUGUGGAUGCGGUACUGGCCGUGGCUGAUCUCCACUCUCACCCUCACCCGUUGCUGGAUCCCAGCAUGCCUGGGCCUCUGCCUCCAGGCCUGGGCGACCACGACCUCCUCACCUGCGGCCAGUGCCAACUAACCUUCCCACUAGGGGACAUUCUGCUCUUCAUCGAGCACAAGAAGAAGCAAUGCCAGGCUCUGACGUCCGGCCACGGCUGCUACGAUAAGAUGGCGGACCGCAAUAGCCCCUCGCCGCCCCGCGCAGAGCUGAGGAAAGUGGUGGAACCGGUCGAAAUCGGAAUCCAGGUGACACCUGAAGAGGAGGACGAGAGACUGUUGACGCCCCCAAAAGGAAUUUGCCCCAAGCAAGAAAGUGGCCUGGCAGGUAGAGAUGAACCUUCAAGUUACAUAUGCACAACGUGCAAACAACCCUUUACCAACGCCUGGUUCCUUCUGCAACAUGCUCAGAACACACAUGGGAUCCGCAUCUACCUAGAGACCAAUUCAUCGAAUACCUCCCUAACACCACGGAUCACUAUUCCUCCUCCAAUUGGUGCUGAAUCUAUACCACAGUCCCCGUUAACCAACUUUUUGGGGGACAACAACCCCUUCCACCUCCUACGGAUGACUGGGCCUCUACUGCGAGAGCCCCCACCAGGCUUUGUGGAAAACCGUAUCCCCAAUACGCCUCCCUUUGUCAGCCCCCCUCCACGCCAUCAUUUAGAUCCCCAUCGCCUGGAACGCCUUAGCGCAGAGGAAAUGGGUUUAAUCUCCCAGCAUCCCAGUGCCUUCGAAAGAGUGAUGCGCAUGACACCCAUGGCCAUAGAGUCCCAGUCCAUGGAUUUCUCCCGUCGAUUGAGAGAGCUUGCUGGAAACAACAAUUCCACUCCACCGUUGUCACCGAGCCGUGCUAACCCUAUGCAUCGCCUUCUCAAUCCAAACCCCUUUCAGCCCAGCCCGAAAUCACCCUUUCUGAGCACCCCUCCACUGCCUCCCAUGCCCCCUAACAGCACCACUCCGCCACAGACACAGGGCAAGUCGAAAUCCUGCGAGUUCUGUGGCAAGACCUUCAAGUUUCAGAGUAAUCUGGUUGUUCAUCGGCGAAGCCACACAGGCGAGAAACCUUACAAGUGCCAAUUGUGUGACCAUGCUUGUUCUCAAGCGAGCAAAUUAAAACGCCACAUGAAGACCCACAUGCACAAAUCUGGUUCCAUGACAGGGCGUUCUGAUGAUGGCCUGUCCACCACCAGCUCACCUGAGCCAGGCACUAGUGACGUCACUGGGGAGGGUAUAAAAAAUCGGGAUGGUGAUUUCAAAGGCGAGAGUAUGCUCCAAGACAAUGAAGAGGAGGAGGAAGAGGAAGAGGAGGAGGAGUUGGAAAACGAGAGCAGGCCUGAGUCAAACUUCAGCAUGGACUCUGAGUUCUGUCGGAAUAGGGAAAAUGGCUCAAAGCCUCCUUCAGACGAGAAGACCCUUUCGUUAGGAAAGAUGGUGGAAAAUGUAGGGCUCAGCUCCAUCCAGCAGUACAAUAACUUAAUAGUUGACAAUCGGAAAAGACUUCCAUUCUCCAAAAGGAUCUCGGAAGUGCAGAGGGAAGUGGGGGAUGAUGAUUCAGUAGUGGGGGAAAUGGACCAAGUAGAGCGGGCAACUGUGAAUGGAAGGAACUGUGGCUCAGGCGACUCUUUCUCAGGCCUGUUUCCCCGCAAACCCACUCCCAUAACCAGCCCCAGCCUCUCCAACUCCUCUAACAAGAGGAUAAAAAUCGAAAAGGAUUUGGACAUACCCCCAGCCCCCCUAAUCCCAUCUGAAAAUGUCUACUCCCAGUGGCUAGUGGGCUAUGCAGCAUCCCGCCACUUCAUCAAAGAUCCUUUCCUUGGCUUCACCGACUCCAGACAAUCUCCAUUCGCCACCUCCUCGGAACACUCCUCCGAGAACGGAAGCUUGCGAUUCUCUACGCCGCCAGGGGACCUGCUGGACGGGGGCCUCUCCGGCCGCAGUGGUACUGCUAGCGGAGGCAGCACCCCGCACCUGGGUGGGGGGCCAGGACCAGGCCGGCCUAGCUCGAAAGAGAGCCGGAGGAGUGACACCUGUGAGUACUGUGGGAAGGUGUUCAAGAACUGUAGCAAUCUGACAGUGCACAGACGCAGCCACACAGGCGAGAGGCCCUACAAGUGUGAGCUUUGUAACUACGCCUGCGCCCAGAGCAGCAAGCUCACCCGCCACAUGAAGACACACGGCCAGCUCGGUAAGGAAGUGUACCGCUGUGACAUUUGCCAAAUGCCCUUCAGCGUCUACAGCACGCUUGAGAAACACAUGAAAAAGUGGCAUGGGGAACAUUUGAUGACGAAUGAGGUCAAAAUUGAACAAGCAGAGAGAAGCUAAGCCAGAUUUCCUAUUUUGCCUCACAAUUCCUUGAUUUUAAAAGGGGUAGCUGGAUACUCUGUUUUUUGUUUAGUUCGGUUGUUGUUUUUUGGUUGCUUGUUUGUUUGUUUUCAAGUUAAUGGUUUGAGUUAGUUUUGUCCUAAGAAACUGCCAUCUGAGAAUGAUAAAGACAUUAAAGAAGUGGAAAAUGCAAAAAAAAAAAAAAAACAAACAAAAAAGAGAGAGAGAGAGGGCGGGGGGUUAAUUUGGAGACGGUAUAAACCGCAUAUCUAUGAAUGGAUACAUUAGACAAUAUUUUAAAUGGAGCCUUUAACUGUGCAAUAAUUCUGUAUUUAUUGGAUUUUUAAAAUAUUUUGGCAUGUGCAGGUUAAUUUUUAUUUCAUCAUUUUUUAUUCCAUAAUCUUAUGAUUUAUUUCAAAUGCUGAGAUUUUUUUUUUAAAUCUAAAAGACAUCCUGAGAGAUUUUUUUUUUUUGCUUUUAGCAAAACAGAGUAUCGUUGAGGCCGCUGCUUACAUUGUAGAUUAUUUAAGCUACACAUGUAAUUUCUUGAAGAGAAGCCGCAUUCAAUCUUCAAAUUUUGAAAGCUGAAUUGAGAAAGCUAUUAGUCUUUAUUUUUCUUUUUUUCUUAUUAUUCAUACUUGCAAAAUGAGCGGACAACAAUCCUUAGACCUUGUAGCACGAACUGAUCUGAAGCAUGUCAAUCUAAUUGGGAAUGUAGCACUGAAUAUCAGUUCUGACAGUAAAUCUAAAGAGGACUGUAGAGCUGAAAACCUGUCUACUCAAAAUCAAGGAGAGGAGACUUUAAACCAGACUAAAGCGAAGGCAGCUGCUUAUUGGUACCCAGUACCGGCCCAAACAACGCUAGUCAUAGGAUGGAUUGUGUUAUAGGUCUCAGUAGUGAGUUUUUAAAUCGCCAGCACCCUUUCCAUAGGCUCUGCACUUAAUCAAACCCAUUUGAUUUCGCUGAACAGCACAAUAGUGAAGGAAGACGGCUUUAAAACAACUCAGGGUGAGCUGUAUAGCUACUUCUGCCAAGUCUGCUAUCUGAUCUCAGCCGUCUUCUCUGAUAAAGCAGUCCAGUCCUCUGGUUGAGCUCAUUCACAACCCUCGCCUCGUCUCCACACUUCAUAUGACACUGCCAACCACCCUUAAACGUCAUGAAUCAACUCCAUCCUUCACAUAAAAGUGACUUGUCAUACUACAUUGCUGUUAAGUUAAAGACAUCUAGGCCAGAGGAUGAAGCAUUUUUACACUAGAAGAGUGAUUUACACACACACACACAAGCAGGAAGAGAAAGAGAGAGAAGGGUCUUUACAGUCCAAUUCGGGUUAGUAAACCUAAAAGCACAUUAGUCAAGGCAGCACCACUGUUCUGUUUCCAUUGACUGACAUUUUUGUAAUAUUUUGUGUUCAGUUCUGUUGUUUCAUUUAUGGGUCUGCGGUUCCUGAGGGAGUCACCACUUUAACCAGAUUAGAUUAGAAUUGAUCCAAUUAUAAUUCAUUCUCUUACAAUGUUUUUUAAAAUCACUUGAAACAGCCCUAUGCAUUUUUGUACAUAUAUAAAUAUAUAUUUAUCAAUCAUUUUGAGAAGCAAAUUUAUACUGCACAGUAAAAUCUGAUUCUAGUGUAUGAUAUUGACUUGUCUGGUUAAUCUGGUCAUGUCCCGUGUGUCAGAGCCAUCAGCAGGUAUGCAGAUUAGUCAAUUGCACAGUAAAAGAGUGUAUGUCAUGACCUGUUGAGCGUGUGCUAAAACAGUAAGACAAUUUUUUUCUUUCUUUCCUCUCAUUCAGGACUUCCUGUGAUGUGUAGUUGAACGCAUUCUCAGAAGUAGCAACACGCUUACAGAAUGCACAGCUGAAUUUUCCCUUUUCUUUUCUCUUCUAUCCAACUGAUUUAUUGGCAGUUAAACAGCCUUCUUUCGACAAGAUGCCCUAACCAGCGCAAACGAUUGAAGCGAGGGAAUAUCGUGGUUUCUUUCUUUUUUUAAAUAAAGAAAAAGAGCGAAGCAAACUAAUGAAAUAGAAAGAAAGAGAGAGGAAGAAAAGUAAACAUACACAGCUCUUCGCAGUUGACCCGCACUUUAUUAUUUGUUGAUUUACAUAUUUGAAAACAAUGGCGAAAACGGCUUCUGAGCAAGAAAUUAUGUUCAAAAAUGGAUUUAUUGGGCCUUGCUAGAGGGAGCAUCUGAGAUUGAAGUGCCAGCGUUGAUAGGCUUGGCUUUCGCAAUGCUGGCACUAUAAAAAUGAAAUUAAUUUAUUUGGACAGUUUUUGUACUGCCAUUCAAUUUGACAUGAGUGUGCCUUGAAUACUGAUCUUCCUAUUUAUUGUCUUGUAAGACAAAUGCAACACUUUUGUGAAGCAAAGAAUUGAAAAAUUAAGUCCAUGUGGUUUUAAUCUGCUUCUAAAAGAGCAAGGAUAAAAACAGAUACGUAGGUCAUUUCAGUUGAACUAAGAUGAAAAGUAGCCAGCACAAUACUAAUGUGUGUCUAUGUGUGUAUAUAUGUAUGAAUAUGUACAUAUAAGUGCACAAAAACACACACAAUAGACAAAUAUAUAUAUAUAUAUAAAUAAAUAUAUAUGUACAAUUUUUCACUUCAGGACAAGACUGCAUCCCUUGAAAAUAAUGGAUGAUUUUGUUUUUGUUACAAAUAAUAAAGGAAGAGACUGGACAAAAAUCAGGAACUACAGAAACUUUGAAAAAAAAAGAAGAAAAAAAGUAAAACAUUUAGUGCACUCUGUCUUAAAAUACGUUUACAGUAUUGAAACAAGUACAAGGGUAAAAUGAUAUUUCUGUGUAUGUGUGUUUUAAACAAGAAUUUUUUGGUUUUCAUUUUUUUCAAGUUUGCUUAUAAGGUUUCUCUGAAUGCCAUAGUGGCGUGUGUAUAUUGGUUUUUGGUGA